AUGUACAUCCCGAGCUACAACGUGAGCGGACUUCUGCACCGCCGACUCGCCGUGGUGUGCGACGCCUGGGAGGCGCAUUCGCUGUUCCCGACCUGCAACUGGAUCGCGGAUUUCGGGCCGACCGGCGAGCAAGCCACGGAGUCCGCGGUGAUUCUCCGCGAGUGCUCGAUCGACCCGCCGACGUGCACAGACAUCGACGACGCGCUCUCGCUGAAGUAUCUCUCGAACGGUCGCUACGAGAUCGGCGUGCACAUCUCAGACGUAACGCACUUCGUGCGGUUUGGCGCGAAGCUCGACCUCGAAGCUGCGCAGCGUUGCUGCACGAUCUACCUCACUGAGCAGCGCUUCGACAUGCUCCCGAGCCGGCUUUCGAGCGAUCUCUGCUCGCUGCGCGCGGGCACAGACCGGCUCGCGUUUUCGGUCUUCUUCGAAAUGGACGACAGCGGCACGAUCUACAGCACAAACUUCUUCAAGACGGUCGUGCACUCGGUCGCCUCGCUUUCGUACGAGCAGGCGCAGCGGUUGAUCGACGACGCCGCGCACAGUGACAGCGAGCUGGAAGUAGCCAAGGUGGAACAGCAGCAGCACUUCGACACGUGUCAGCUGGUGGAAGAGUUCAUGCUGAUUGCGAACGUCGCGGCCGCGGAACUGACCUUUCGCAAGUUUCCGAGCUGUGCGGUACUGCGCGUGCACGAGACGCCCAUCGAAGAGCGGCUGGACGCGUUGCGGCACUACGCCCUCGCCGCGAAUUUGUUCACGCACUUCACCUCGCCGAUCCGGCGCUACGCCGACAUCAUGGUGCACCGGCUCUGCAACCAACUCGACUUCGCGACCAGCGGCGCCAUCUUGCUGGCCAAAGACGCGCGCGCGAAGGCGCGCUGCACUGCCGCGUUCCAGCGACGCGCGGUCGAGAAAGAGUACGUCGCGCUGCUCCUGGGGCACGUCCGCUUCCGACCGCUGACGGGCCGCCGACACCAACUGCGGCUGACCGCCUGCCACAUCGGACACCCGAUACUCGGCGACCUGACCUACGGAUGUCGUACUCCUUGA